CCGAAGGCGACGACUGCGCCGUCAGAGUGAACGUGGUGGAGGCGCUGCAGGAGUUCUGGCAGAUGAAGCAGGCGCGCGGCGCCGACCUGCGCAACGGCGCGCUCGUCAUCUACGAGUCGGUGCCCGCCUCCAGCCCGCCCUACGUCUGCUACGUCACGCUGCCCGGCGGCUCCUGCUUCGGAAGCUUCCAGAACUGCCCGACGAAAGCGGAGGCGCGGCGCAGCGCGGCCAAGAUCGCGCUCAUGAACUCCGUGUUCAACGAGCACCCGUCGCGCCGCAUCUCCGACGACUUCAUCGAGAAGGCGGUCGCGGAGGCGCGCGCCUCCUUCAAGGGUGACCCAGAGGAGGCGGACAACCCCAACACUGGCAUCGGCGCCUUCCGGUUCAUGCUGGAGACGAACAAGGGGCGCACAAUGCUGGAGUUCCAGGAGCUGAUGACAGUGUUCCAGCUGCUGCACUGGAACGGCUCGCUGAAGGCGAUGCGCGAGCGGCAGUGCUCGCGGCAGGAGGUGGUGGCGCACUACUCGAACCGCGCGCUGGACGACGACAUGCGUUCGCAGAUGGCGCUGGACUGGAUCGCGCGCGAGCAGGAGAACGCGGGCGCGCUGAGCCGCGAGCUGCGGCAGGCCGAGCGCGAGCUGGACGCGGCGCGCCUCGCCGGCCGCGAGCUGCGCUUCCCCAAGGAGAAGAAGGACAUCCUGAUGCUGGCGCACUCGCAGGCCGGCGCCGGCUCACUGCACAGCUAGGCCGGCCGCCGCCCCCACCCCGCCCUGCACUGCCCGCCGCGUCGUCUGCGCAGCUCCCGCCCUCGACAGCUUCGAUCCGCACAGUAACAAUCGUACCUUCUUCCGAAACAAUCGAGUGCUCUUCAUUACUUAUGCAGUGGCUCCAUUCUUUAGUUUUUUGGAUCUCAUCUUCAUAUCUUCUGCUACGGUUGUUUGGAUGACCUAUCCUUCUCCUCUGGCUACCAUACCUAACUCACUGGAUGUCCUCUUCAUGUUCUCUAGCUACCAUACUUAACUCAUUGUUUGUAUAUCCUCUCCGUAAGCUCUGCACACCAUACCUAAAUCAUGUUUGGAUGCUUGUAUCCUCUGGCUCCCGUACCAAAGUCAUUGUAUACAUGCCUCUCCAUACAUUCCAGCAAGCCGCUCCAUACACUCCAGCAGUCAUAUGUAACUCAUAGUUUGGAUAUCCUCUCCAUAUCCUCUGGCUACCCAUACCUCGUUGUUUGUAUGUCCCCUCCAUAUCCUCUGCCUACCAUACAUAACUCAUUGUUUGUACGUCCAGUCCAUAUCCUCUAACAUACUUCACUUAUUAUUUGGAUAUCCUCUCUAUAUCUUUGGGCUACCACACCUAACCCUUCGUCUGGACGUCCAUAUCGUCUGGCUGCCAUACCUAACUCAUUGUUUGAAUGUCCUUUCCACACCCUCUGCCGACCAUACUUCACUCAUCGUUUGGAUGUGCACUCCAUAUUCUCUCCCUAACAUACCUAAUGUGACGCUUCCACGGACCAGUCUUCAUUGCCACCUCAUCACACUCCUUGGGCUCAACGAACCAAAUCAAGAAAGACAAUCAUCACCGUCAGUCUCACUUUUUAUGUUUAUUCGGAUUGCUGGUUCACUUUUUGUUACAUGCCAUUUUAAGAUUCGUGUCUAACUGAUGUGCAUUACAGCUCCUCAGAAAGGUGACCAUUGUGUUUCAAAAUAAAUAAAUAAAUAAAAGAAGAAGAAAAGGAAUAAAGAUAAGAAGUGAACCAGACAAAGUUCAUCUUUCUUCAUUAUACUGAAAGUGGUUAUGGUGCCAUCAUAUAUCAUGUCUACGAUUAUUUUCAACCAGAAUAAAACAGUGGACUCUGCACCGCAGCCUCUUAUGACGUGGCGAAGUCAACGUUUACGUUUCUAAUUUCAGUUUCGUAAGUGUCGUGUAACUUGACUCAUAUGCUGUUUAGAAGCAACUAAACUGUCUGUCCGGUGAUGAGAACAGUAUGGUUCCGUGCUCGUUUUUUCAACAGUUGAGAUAACUUAUUGACACACAAAUAACAAAUAAAAUAUGUCCACAAAUAUAGCUUUCUACAGUUUACACUAUUAUUACACAAGAAUACAGCUUAUUUUACGCAACCUAGGUUUAGAGUUACAUGCCGAUUUCCUAGUGUUACUGUUUCGCAUAUGUCAUUCAUAUCUUCUGAUGUGUUGUUGAAUAAAGAAUCUACAGCAACCAUAGAAAUUAAGAGACCACGUGAAGUACAUGGAGAUUUCACACCAUUGAAAUCUACCCGUCAAUGUCUCAAAUCAUCGUUUAAUUUUUCUGGUGUACACUGUAAGACAUCUAUAUACUACUUUCUUUCUCUUGUUGUUAUAGGCUAUUUUGCUUCUUAAUAUAUCAAAACAUACGAAUACCAACUAUGAAACAGGAACGGAGUUCCAACCCAAAAUCUACAGCGUGUAAAAUAUGUUGUCUUGUAUAAUAAUUACUGUAUUUGACUAAGAACCAGUAAUAAAGUUAACAGAAAUGAUUAUUGCAUUCUCCACUGCAAGAAUGGAUUGCAUAAAAAUAAAGAACAUAAAUACUCUGGGAAUAUUGCACCUCAGAUAGUUCCACAAUACACUGUUUUACUUCCAGGCAGAUAGUUUCUUUGACCGAACUGUGCAUCCUCGUCACAUGCAAUGUAUAUAGGAUGUAUUUUUCUUGAAAUGGAGGUGCGUCCAUCCUCUUGAAGACCAUAAGCAUCCAAACGCAGUCCACUAAGAAUACAUGUGUUGUCAAUCCAAAGGCACAGCUUGUUGGAUGGAGCCACCAUUCUUGAAAUCUGAUACCACUCGCAUCACAUUCAGAUACUCCUGACGGAAUUGUAUUCGUGUCAGUCUUUUAUCAGUGAAAGCGAAGAUUCCUCUGGGUCUAGAAGAGGGAUUUAUUCCGUAUUAGAUAAUAAUCUGUCCACUGAAAAACUGACAUUGAUGCGUGUUAUACAAUACUAUGCUAUUUUGUAGCACAGUUUCGUAUUCAGCAAACAAGUACUUAGUGUUAUCCUGCUGCUUGCAGAGACUUGGCUAAAUAAUAAAACUAGCAUGCAACAUUUGUAACGAGAUGACAGGAGAGAGUUGAAUUUUACUCUUAAUUUGGACAGCUUUGUGUACGGAGCCAUGACAGAAACGAAAAAAUUACCUGAAGAGCUCGAUAUUUCAGGUACACAAACUCUCAGUUAUUUUGUCGCCCUGUUCAGGGUGAAAAACAAUAUUGUGUUCUCCACAAUUAAUAAAAAGAAAUGAUCCAUUCGGAGUUAGAGCGCAUAAGAAGAGACUUCCAUUCCAUUUUAAGUUGUUUCAGACUGUUGUUCCUACUAUUCUAGGAAUUUACAGCAAUAUCUGCCGUUCGAAACGUAUCAUUCCGCGUUACUUCUAGCACCUCAGCAAACAUAAAUCUGUGUUCUCUUUAGGUGUCGCAUCAGAAAAUACAGUUAAAAGCCCUUCUCAUUACGUAUCUCGCCUGGUCUGCAAACUCCUUAUAAGGAUGAAGAAAGAGUGCACAUUGUAAAAUGAAGAAGAAAGUACAGACCGAAUUGCGAGACCAACCACGAUAUUUACGAACGGAUGUGAUCAGGCUGAACUAAUAUUUAUUCGCUGGGGACUGGAAGUAAUGCGCAGCCUUCUGCUACUCUCGUGUCCGGCGGCAGUGCAGUGACGAAACUAAGGCACCUCCUGCCAUCUACCGAUAUGCCUAACUUCACAGGAUCAUCGUGUGGUGCAAUACACGCUUAACAAAACUAAAAAGGUUAAUGAAUUAUUUUGUACUUAUUAAUGAUCUCAUUCAGUUUAUGAUUGAUUCUUUUUUGUAAUUAAAUUUGUCGAUUGCUUCGUUAAGGAAAAGAAAUAUCUCUGAUGUCUUUCUGGUCGCUUAAAAAUUAACCUGAAAUAUGAUGCCUUAAAGGGGAGUCGAAUACUGUACUUUGCGCAGAAACUUUGACUUCAGCCGUUCGUGGUGUAGAGUGUAGACUGUUCAGCUCGCUUGUUCAGUGGACAUCGACGACGAGGAAAUGGUAUCACCAUCAGCCGUUCUUCUACUCUUUGACAGUCACGACACGAGAUGCCAAUGUAUUGUUCACCGUCAAUGUUCACCUUGCUUCCGUGUUCCAUGAGUCGGAGAAGCUUGUAUCGUUUUACGAAAUAGGUAUUACGCACGUAUUUGUCCCAGUGAUUGUUUUCAUAUGAUACAAUAACUUAGUUACUUGCCUGAUAGAGUCGGAAUCCUGAUAUACUGGUCUAUUGCGUGUCUAGCAACUCAUGGGGACCUACAGUCGUAUAAAGAGGGAGUAGAACUACCGUAAAAUCUUCGCCAUCGGCCUACAACAUGCAAGGGGAAUUUCACAACAUGACAUUGUUAUCUUAAAGGUACGAGAGGGAGCUGCCUAAACCAUCAACAUAUUUGAUUUUGAGAUCAAGUCAGGAUUCUAUCACACCAGAAGGUGACUGAAUGCUCAUCGCACUUUCCCGUAAACAUGGCGUGUCGUACAGCUGGAUGCGGUAAACAUUUCAUGCCUGUGGAUGACGGACUCUCCAGUAUGAGGCAUAAUUCAGUCACUUUCAAAGUCAGAUAAACUUCCGACUGGAGAGCCAGGUGAUAUAUUUACAUCAGAUGAUAUAUUUACUUCAUAAUAAUCGAAAUCGAUCUCUUUAAGAAAUCGUCAGUCAACAAUGAGUAAGGAGGGCGAAAUCUGGCAUCGGUCUUCAACUGCAAGGGAGUGAGGACGUAUAUUCUUUAAGUUGUCGUAGGCGAGAUUAUAGAACUUCUGUAGUUUGCAGAAUGUUUUUGAAAGAGGAAGAAAUGAUUACAACAAAAGACGAGCAGGUAUACACGGAAAUAAGGGCAAGAUAAGUCGUGUUGUGCAAGAAUUCCCUAAGAAAAUAGAAAUAUCAAAUAUUUAUAUGCGAAGGAAAAUAGAAAUAAAAUUCAAGAAGAUUUAGUUUUCCAUCGAGACGAUGCUAAACUGAAUCGUCCGUACAUCUAGAAGUCAGAUGCUUGACUGAGUUUCAUUCGAAAUUUUUAAUACCGAAUAUAGAACUCUACGUUCUUGCCCCUACCUGCCAGUUUUAUUCUAUCGCGAUGGCUGGCUGCAGAAAUCACUGACGAGUAACUCGACCACUCAAGAGUACAAUAUCUUUGUAACAGAUACAGUAGUCUUUCUGCACACAAUAAAACAGUGAGAUGUUAUUGGAGGAAAAGGAAGGAUGAGCUAUUUUCUGGAACGCUCUUGGCAUGAGGGACGAGGCGUGUUCGGUGGGAAAUCGGUGAGGACUGAGCUGCCAAAUGCGGAUACGAGCUGUGGGCGCACACUUCCCACAUUCUCGGGGCCGCGCCUUGCUUUGCAUUACCUCCACCUUGCUGUCCGCCAUUUAAUUACGCCUGCAUGCUGCCAAGCCAGCCUGCAAAACCGCGCCUUCCUCGCGAGAACGUGCACCACAUUCCUGAUGCAGUGAGGUCCUUCCCCGAGACUCAUUACGUCGUGCAACAGUGACUGGAUGCUCGUCGAUCUUUCCCGUACAAACUGACGUGUGGGUGGUGGGUAGUGGGUGGAAGCGUUGAACAUUACAGCCCAGUGGAUGAAGGACUCUCCAAAAUAAUUCCGACACUCUCAAAGUCAGAUAAACUUCUUGAUGGAGAUACUCUCAUCUUCAGGAGUUACGUGAUACAUCUACAUCACAAUCAUGUUAAUUUAUCUCUUUAAGAAAUCUUCGUCCAAUAAGGAGAGAGCGGUGCAAACUCCCGCAUCGGUUUUCAACUACAAGGGGGUUUUGGAACGUAACCGAUAUAUCAAAGAUGUCUUAGGGUUUCAGGUGAAGGACCUAGAACAGAUAAUACGUUUUUAUUUUUGAGAUUAUGCCGAGGCUCUGUCUUUUGUACGAGACAGUCAGUGGCUUGAAUGACUGGGCUACUCCGUAAAUAAAGACGGGGCCAAAACCAAGUAGCUCAGAAGAUAUCAUAGUUCAAUAGUCCUAAGAAGAGUACUAUUUUCCCAUACUACUUACACUGAAAUAGGGGCCAACAUCAUUACUUUUGGAAGCUCAGAGGAAACUUAAUUUGGAAACUGACCUGUCGCCGUUGAAAUUAUUCCACAAAUGAUAUUAAUUUGUUGGAUGUAAUACAGUCUGAAUGUAAAUGUAGUUAUACGCGAGUGCAGGCUUUCUCGGCGAAUUUUAUAUAUGAAGUCUUCACGGGUUGUCAGCCGAGUAGCAUCGUCGUCUCGUAGCAACGUUUCGAUGGAA